AAGACCUGGCCGGUUUGAUGCCGGGUGAAAUGGGAGUUGUAGUCCAAUCCGACCGAGCUGAGCGGUGACUCUCCUUCCCGGCGCGCUGGGAAUUCUGGUUUAUUAUCUCUGACUCGUUGCUCUGCGUGGACUUUCCCUUUCUUAGGCAGAUGCUUUAUUCUGAGGCUGUCAGCGGUACCAGGAGGCACCACACCUGUGGAUGUUCAGAUGGAGCAGCUUCCUAGUCAUCCUACUAACAAAAGAGCCAAAGAGGAGGGUAAUACUGUGCCUCUUUGUCGAGCCAAACCCUCCCCCAGCUUUAUUAAUCUUCAAGCAAAUUCCCCACCAGUCACUUUCCUGAAAAUCCUGCCAACAAAGUUGCCUUCAGGUAUUGACCACAAGCCCAAGGAAUGCCUAGGACUCCUAGAAUGUAUGUAUGCCAAUCUCCAGCUUCAGACCCAGCUUGCCCAACAACAGAUGGCUAUUUUGGAAAAUUUACAAGCAUCCAUGACGCAACUGGCUCCUGGGAAAGAAAGCAAGAACUCUUCUCUCCCAGCCUUAUCUCGCAAUCUAUUGUUAAGUCACCUGCCCCAAUUCAGUAAAUGAAUCGUGGAACAGAGUUAUUGUGUAUGUUUUCCCUUCUCUCCUCCCAGUAAACCAUUGAUGG